UGGGAGUUGCUCACUAACUCACUGUGAACCCCGACUGGGCUGGUUAGCGUGAGAAUCGGUGCUUGGAGCUCACUUAUACAAGUACUUCCUGAACGAAACAAACUCACGAACAACCUCACCCUCCUCACGCCUCGCGACUGCUCCGGCCUUCCAGUUACACGACAGGAACCCUGCGCAUAUCCUCAGAAACCGGCAGCUGCUCCUACAAAUCUGAGCCAUGGCCACAACUAGCAUUCCCAGCAUGUUCUCCCUCGAGGGUCACACCGCGCUCGUCACCGGCGGCACGCGGGGCAUCGGAAAGGCCGUCGCCAUCGCUCUCGCCGAAGCCGGAGCCGACCUCCUGCUCGUCCAGAGAGAUGCGACAUCCACCGAGACGCUCAACGCGGUCCGGGCGCUGGGCCGGAAGGCCACCAUCUACACGGCCGACCUGAGCUCGGCGGAGGAUGUCGCGGGGCUGGUGCCGCGGAUCCUGGCCGACGGGCACGAGAUCCGCAUCCUCGUCAACUGCGCCGGCAUCCAGCGGCGACACCCCUGCGAGAAGUUCCCCGACUCCGACUUCAAUGAAGUGAUCCAAGUGAACCUAACAAGCGUAUUCACACUCUGCCGGGACGUGGGAGCGCACAUGCUGACGCUGGAGCCGUCGCCGGUGACGGGACGGCGGGGGUCCGUCAUCAACUUCGCGUCGCUGCUGACCUUCCAGGGCGGGCUGACCGUGCCGGCGUACGCGGCGUCCAAGGGCGCGGUGGGCCAGCUGACCAAGAGCUUCGCCAACGAGUGGACCGCGCGCGGCGUCACCGUCAACGCCAUCGCGCCGGGCUACAUCGAGACCGAGAUGAACACGGCGCUGCUCAACGACCCGGACAGGCUGGCGAGCAUCAGCGCCAGGAUACCGGCCGGGAGGUGGGGCACUCCCGAGGACUUCAAGGGCACCGUUGUCUACCUGGCGAGCAGGGCCAGCGCCUACGUGAGCGGUCACGUAUUGGUGGUCGACGGUGGGUGGAUGGGCCGGUGAGCAAUGACAUAACCACACCUGCGCGCCAUGCAACGACAAAGUGGCUGGUGUGAUGCUUGUUUGCUCUUUUUUUUUCGCCUGCUGAACUUUCAACGCGUAUAAUUAAAGAGGAUACAGAUUCCGGGGCGGUUCAGACACGAAGCAUAAAAUGAAUAGACUCCCGCGAUCUUCCACUCUGCUCUUCACUCCCUAACCGAUGCCAUGAUCUCUUCCAUCCACGGGUAAACGCACGAGUUGGCCUGCGGGUAGCCCAUGUGCAGGUUGCCG